UCAGUCCUUGGCGUCCGUUAAUUGUCGACUGAAAUUGCCCCGCCGUUGCUUCCGCUACCAAGCGCGAUCAGUUGAGGUACAGACAGUGACACGAGCUGUAUCAAGUAACCUAGAGACGCCAAGUUCAAGGAAUCAUAGUCAAGCUCCCUGUUUGGCUGGAUUGUAAACUCAACUCGUUAAAAAUAUCGCUUGUAUCGAGAUCCGAGCUCACGAUGGCACCUAAAAAGACCAAGUCCGGCGAGAUUGACCUCUCGCUGCGCUUCAGAUUCGGGAUACACACCAUCUUCCUGCUGGUAUCACCCUUGACGACAUUUGACGACAUCUCAGUUGAGCUGCUAUCGGCCAUCCGUGAGCGCUACCCGCGCGGCCUCAGCUCAUCGAGGAUCUCACCAAACGACACUCCCAUCCCCGGCGAUGGUGAAGAGGUCAUUGUUGUGUAUGGGGCACUUGCGAGCAGGCACAACCUCGAGUCGUGGCGCGACCUCAAAAUCCAGGGCUCAGAGACGCCGGUCAGCAAGAGCAUCAAGGACGGCACCGACAUUGCCUUUCUCGUGCGUACCCCGGACGAGGAGGAUGACCCGGUCAAGUUUGUAGUCGAGUGGCCUAGGUUGGAUGAUGAUGACGAUGAGGAUGAGGAGCAAUGAGCUGGAGAUGAGGAUAUGAGUUAAUGUGCUUCAGCAUCUGGGGCAAGCACUUUUCACGACAGGCGUAUUGAAUGAAGGAAUGAUACCCGGGUUGAACUUUGCAUUUACGAUCAUUCUUGAGCCUGGACGCUUGACGAAAGACUAUAGAAUCAUAGUAGACUUUUUUCUAAUGCCAUCAGUCUGAC